CUGUGGGGACGGGCUGAGGCGGCGGCGCCUGACAGCCGGGCCCCGGCCCCUGCCAUCUUGGCGGGCGCGUGCCCGGGCCGCCGUGUGCGCGCGCCGCCGGGGGUUGGGGGGAAGGGAGAAGAAGGGGAAGGGGCGAGCGCCGUCCAGGUCCCGCCGACCGGGGCGGGGAGCGCGCGCGCCCGCCCGAGACUCGGGGCGCAGUUCCCGGGCGGGCGCGGGCGGCUGCGAGACCGUCGACGGAGAGGCGGGCAAGAGUGCGAGUGCGCGCGCGCGGGCGCGAACUCAGCCCAGGAGUCGAGACUGAGGGGAAAGCGCGCGCGGCGGCCCAAGCACCACACAAAAGGCGCGGGGCCCCACAGCCCGCGCCUCCGGCAGAGCGGAGCCCGGGACUGCGAGGGGCGGGGCGGUAUCUAG